GGCGGCGGCGGCGGAGGCCGUUGAGCUCCAGGCUGAGGCGGGCGCAGGGUCCCCCAUCCCGGGCUCGGGCUGAGGCAGCCGCGGAGGCAGCGGCUGCGGCGGCGGCGGCGGCGGGGCCCGGCCAGGCCAGGCCCCGGCUCAGGCCCAGGCCCCCGGGCUCGGGCUCGGUGAGGCGGGGGGGCGCCGCCGGCGGCGGGGGCGGCCCCGCGGGCCUCGGGACGAUGACUCUGGAGUCCAUGAUGGCGUGUUGCCUCAGCGACGAGGUGAAGGAAUCCAAGCGGAUCAACGCCGAGAUCGAGAAGCAGCUGCGGCGGGACAAGCGGGACGCCCGGCGGGAGCUCAAGCUGCUCCUCCUCGGCACUGGUGAAAGUGGAAAGAGUACAUUUAUUAAACAAAUGAGGAUAAUCCAUGGUUCGGGCUACUCUGAAGAAGACAAGAGGGGCUUCACAAGUUGGUCUACCAGAACCAUCUUCACUGCCAUGCAGUCCAUGAUCAGGGCCAUGGAGACCCUGAAGAUUCUUUACAAGUACGAGCAGAACAAGGCCAAUGCACUGCUGAUUCGAGAGGUGGAUGUUGAAAAGGUCACAACAUUUGAGCAUCAAUAUGUAAGUGCAAUUAAGACUUUGUGGAAUGACCCUGGAAUCCAGGAGUGUUAUGACAGGAGGCGAGAAUAUCAGCUCUCCGACUCAGCCAAAUACUACCUAACUGAUGUUGACCGUAUUGCCACCACUGGGUACUUACCCACCCAACAGGAUGUGCUGCGGGUUCGAGUUCCCACAACUGGGAUCAUAGAAUACCCUUUCGACCUGGAGAAUAUCAUCUUCAGAAUGGUGGAUGUUGGUGGACAGAGAUCAGAGCGAAGGAAGUGGAUACACUGCUUUGAAAAUGUGACGUCCAUCAUGUUUUUAGUUGCUCUUAGUGAAUAUGACCAAGUUCUAGUGGAGUCUGAUAAUGAGAACCGAAUGGAGGAGAGUAAAGCCCUUUUUCGGACCAUCAUCACUUAUCCCUGGUUCCAGAACUCCUCAGUCAUCCUCUUCCUCAACAAGAAGGAUCUGCUGGAAGAUAAGAUCUUGUACUCCCACCUGGUGGACUAUUUCCCAGAGUUUGAUGGACCACAGAGGGAUGCCCAGGCGGCCAGGGAGUUUAUCCUCAAGAUGUUUGUGGAUUUAAACCCAGACAGCGACAAAAUCAUCUACUCUCACUUUACAUGUGCCACAGACACGGAGAACAUCCGCUUUGUCUUUGCUGCUGUCAAAGACACCAUCCUACAGCUCAAUCUGAAAGAAUAUAACUUGGUCUGACCCUGCUUUCUCUCCUAAGAGGCCUCGACGUGAAGAAAAAGACCAAAAAAAAAUUCUUUUUUUUUUUUUUUUUUGGAAAAAAAAAAUUACAGGAAAAAAUAUCUUUACUUUUUAAUGAUGUAAUGAUUGCCAAUUGUCUGAUCUGUGGAGUGGCGAAUUUUGCUCAGUGUUACCUUGGAUCUCAUGUCUCUGUCCACAGGAGUAGUUGAUUUUUUUUUUUCAUAUUUUUAACAAAUGGCUUUUAUUUCACAGUUAUCAGGGGAUACACUUCACUCUUCUCCACACCUUGUGCACCUCUUCACCUUUUGCCAACAGCAAAGGCGGCCUUCUCGUGGGCUCGAUUUUUUGUCGCUCGCUUUUUUUAAAAAAAAAACAACAAAACAAAAACUAAGCAAAAAACUCUACCCUAUUUUCGGUUACAAGUUCCCACCUCUUGGCCAAGUUUUAUGGACUCACUGAACUUAUUGGGGGCAGGGGGAACCAAUACAACCCCCUCCCCCUCCCUGAGCUCCAGGGGGCCUCUGUCGAGAUCACCAGACCUGCUUGCUUCCCUCUUCCCUGCUUGGUCCAGGCUCCACAGCCCACUGUGAUGAUGUUGGGGUUGGGGAGUGGUGUUCCUCCCAAGAAUGGAAGCAAAAGCCCCCACCCAUCCAAUGACCAACAGACCCCAACAAGCCAUCCCCCUGCCGCCUUCAAUGCAUCAUAGAAUAUAGUCUGGGUUUUUAAAAAUUAUUUUUCCUUUCUUCUUGAUUAUAAAAGAUACGGAGACUGUGAUUUUUCUUCUUUUUUUAAGUUAUUGAUGUUCUAUAUAUAGUUUGCUACAGGCUGUAUUUUUGUUCGAUGGGCUCCAAAAGGUGGGAGCUUGGCCAAGCAACAGCUGCCAACCCUUGGGAAGUGCCUGACUGUGUCUUUUUUUUGGUGGGUGGGUAUGGGUGGGGGGAAUACUCAUAUAUGCUCUGUUGAUGGAAAAGAAUCUCCCAAGCUGUGCCCUCCUCGUUUGUAAGCGGGUAGCAGCCCCUUUCCCCAAGCCUCCCCUCUUGGUGUGGUGAAGAUGUUCCAGUGUUCCGAGGGAUUCAGCACACACAUCUAACACCAAAGUCUUGUGGUUGGUUUGAAGGUUUUCCUCGGGGUUCCUGAGCUCCCACCUUUGCUUUUGGCUUUUUAGCACGCUGCUUCCCUUGGCAGGGGAAUCAGAUCGUUCACACGCAGCUCUGGCCAGGCCUGAGGUUUCUCAGAAGGGCCUGUGUCAGGCCAUGCAACUGUACAGAUCCCAGGGGCUCGGUCUGGCCCGUCCAGGGGAGAUGAGCAGGAGGGGUGUUCUUUUAAGUGAUCUCGAGGGAACAAGGAAGGAAUCGUCUUUUUUAUUGGAAGGAAAGAGGACCUCUUCAGAAGCUUCUCAGGCCUGUACUUGAGAGUCCGAUGUGGCUGCUCAGUAGUCAUUGGCGGCUCCUUGUCAAAGCACUUGCACAGAUUGCUGUUCAGAGCUGCCCGUGCCUGGAGGUCGGGGGCAGCACAGGCACUUUUCCCCCCCCCAGGGGAGGUGGGUCUACAGGCAUUGCCAAAGUCAGAAUCAGGCUGUUGAGGCAAGAAAGCUGGGUGCCUUAGGACCAUAAUGGACACCCAGGGCUUGCAGAUCAGCCUGAAUCCCAGGUGCCAAAGGAAGCCAGUGUUUCACUUGGGUCCUUUUGAAGCUGAGGCCAAUAGAGGUGCCAAAUGCCAAUGCCUUCCUAGGUUUCCACUGAGGAAGACAGCAGCACCCAAUAGCCGAGGGACAUCUCCGCUGGAAGCAAUGGGAAAUCCGUGCCCUUGCUGCCGGCAGGAUUGUGCCCUGCUUCAAUAGCACUUAGGACCAACCCUGGUGGAUGGAGCAUGAAGAACCCCUUCCCCCAAAGCAGACUGUUUGAAAGAAGGCAUCCCAGUUCGGGUUUCUUUCUCUCUUCUCUUUUUUUUUCCCCAAGGGGGAGGGAAGGGGAGAGUGGCUUUAUCGUUUUAUUGUAGACUGAACACUACUUCAGUGUUUUUUUGCACAAAACGUAACGGGAAAUGAACCGCCGGAGAUGCCUUUGAUCCAUAACACUAAGUCUGGAGCUUACACUUCAAGUAGUCUGUUGCGUGGUUUGUUUCAUUUCUUUUGGCUGUCAUGUUUUUUCCCCCCUUUCUUCCUCCCUCCUCCACCCCUCUUCAUCCCUUCAGUCCUCCUUCCUGCCUUUUGGUAUAAAUGAGGCAAGGGACUUCAGUGUUGCAUCUCAGAAAGCAGUGUGGGAGGCAGCACACCAUCAGCGCCUGCCCAGAAGAACUCGGCCUUUUAGUUCAGUAGCCUCAUGCCUAAGGACACCAAGGCCGGCAUCUGAGACAACAGCCACAUUCCUGAUUGUCUAGUUUUAAUCCUAUUUAGGGGUGACUAGCUGCUUGGAACCAGUUUCCCUCUCGUAUCUAUGCCAAAAAAGGUCUUUUUGUAGCAUGAAAUCAUAUAAGAGGAUUUUUACCAGAAACCUAAACCAUACACCAAACAAACCCAACUUCUUGGGGUGAGUCCAAAUAGCUUCCUUAGGGAGCAGAUGGUGCUAAGCCCCAUUCCUUUUUGACCCCUUUUGUACCAGUGGCUGGCAUGGGGUCCAUUGCUGGCGGUGGACCUACACCAGGAAACUCAGGACCCCAAAAGUAGAAGGAUAGCAAAUAGGACAGGUUGCCCUAACCCCUCAGGUUCUUGAGUGGCUCCAGAGAGGGGGCCCUUGAUGCAGUAGAGAUUUCAUGAGCCUUGAUGGAAUUGGAUGCAUUUUUAUUUGGUAGGGAAUGCUGUGUGUUGUUAUUUCAGCACCACUCGCCAUCCAGAGAAGGGAUAGGAAAUUGUCUGGGGGCCCUGCUGCCCAAGAGGAGAAAGGGGUAAAUGUUUAGUUCUGGUGCAGAUCAUGUAUCUCUGGGGAUUCUCCAAGCAUAUCCUAGGGACCCAAGUCUGACGGAUUGGUAAACAUUCUUACCCCACUGGUGCAGCCCCCUUGUUUGAGUUACUGAAUUUUCCAAUAUGCCCACUCAUCAGAAAGUGCCAAACUCAAAACCAGACACCUGUUCCUUUCCAGGCAAGAGGAGGUGGAGAGUGUGCACGAGGAGAGGAGUGGGAAUGUGAAAGACAGUCAUAGAGUGGGAACCUAUGACCACCUCCCAAAACCCUACCUUCUGUUGUUUUCUGGAUUCCUUCCCCAUAUCCCUUUUGCCCUACUGAGGACAUACGGUUUAGCUGGCUACCAAUGCUAGCAUGCCAACCUGAUCAGGGAGAGAGGCAGGAAAGAAGGUGACCCACUGUGAGGCCAAUCUAUUUUUCCACAUCAUUCCAUAAAAAUCCAGUGCCCAAGGCUCCAGAUUGUCCAUCUCUGCCAGCUUCUCUUUGUUUCUCCUCUUGCCCAAGCCAAACCUUUUGACUUUUUGCCUCUCAAUGAUGUUGGCUUUGCUUUUAGCUGGGUGGGGCACCACUCUGCCAUACUGCCCCUCCCAGGUACCCCUCCUGUAUGUAUGUAUGUAUGUGUGUGUGUGUGUGUGUGUGUUUGUAUGUGUGUGUGUGGUUUUUUUUUAAUCAUCACUUGAUAAACUGCAUUUUUCUCAAAUGCUUCUGGAGUGUGCUGACCAUUUUAUUCUGUCAUUGCUGAAUCCAGGUGUUCCAAGUUCCCAACAAAGAUAAAAUCUACUGCAGCACCCCCUCUUUUUUCUAAAGAAGUAUAGUUGUGCCAAUGCCCCCUCAUAGUAGUGCACGAGAUUCUUUAAAAGUGCCAAUGUGGUGGAAAUUAUUUGGUAAUACUUGUAUAUUCUACAAUCCUGAUUUAAGACAAUUUAAACAUUAACCUAUUUAAAAAGAUACUAUAUAAGAUGCUGUUUUUUAAACCUUGUCAUUUGAAAUGCAUGUAUUGUUGUGAGUGUUGGGGUGGGGGGAGGGUAGAGGGGCGGGGCAGAAGGGAUGGCCCGAGUGCCAGCCAGCUAGCCACGUGGGUGCCUGUGGCUUCCAGCUAGGUGAGAUAGCAGGAGUUUGCUCUGAUGUCAGGCCCUGACUCCUUAUUCCAGAAUUACCUGAUGGAAAUUGAUUUUCAUAUCUUUCUCCUGAAAUAAAUUCUCUGUUUCAAAUUGGAAUAAAUUUUGUUCCUAAA